ACAUGUUAGCUGAUUUUAAAUUCUAUCUCGACGAUUCAAUUACUACUGCGGCGGCAGCUUCUUCUUACUAAUUCAAGAUUAGAAGAAAACACCAUGUCCAGAGAAGAUUUGGAAAGCAGGAGAACCAAGAACAGAGGAAACGGUUAUGCUGGAUCCUCGUACGAGAUCCACGACCAGGACAGAGAUACCCAUUGGACAUCGUGGCUGAUUCCCAUCUUCGUCGUCGCUAAUGUUGCUGUAUUCGUUGUUACCAUGUACGUCAACAAUUGCCCCAGCCAUCAUAAUACACAAGGCAAGUGCGUCGCCAGGUUCUUCGGUCGUUUUUCCUUUCAGCCACUCAACGAAAAUCCUAUGUUUGGUCCUUCUUCUUCAACAUUGGAUAAGAUGGGUGGUCUAGUAUGGAGAAAGGUUGUUGAAAAACGCCAAGGAUGGAGGCUAGUGUCGUGUAAUUGGUUACAUGCUGGAGUAAUUCAUCUGAUUGCCAAUAUGUUGAGCCUCUUCUUGAUCGGCAUCCGUCUUGAACAGCAGUUUGGUUUUGUACGUAUUGGAAUCAUUUACUUAUUGUCCGGUUUUGGAGGGAGCUUGCUGUCUUCGUUAUUCAUUCAGAACAACAGAAUCUCAGUUGGAGCAUCGGGUGCCCUUUUCGGUCUUUUAGGUACGAUGCUCUCCGAGCUUCUCACCAAUUGGGCCAUUUAUACCAACAAGGCUGUUGCCCUUUUGACACUAUUAGUCAUUCUAGUCAUCAAUCUUGGAAUUGGAAUUCUUCCGUAUGUUGACAAUGUCACUCACAUUGGUGGGUUUUUUACGGGUUUUCUCCUUGGAUUUGUUCUGCUGCCUCGACCCCAGUUUGGUUGGCUGGAGCGACACAAUUUCCCUGUCAAUGUUCAAGUCAAGUACAAGUACAAGUCUUAUCAGUAUGUAUUAUGGGUUGUGGCUUUGAUUCUACUAGUGGCAGGAUUUGCAGUAGGAUUGGUGAUGCUGUUCCGAGGGGAGAACUUGAGUAGUCGUUGCCAUUGGUGUCAUUACCUGAGCUGCAUUCCGACCUCUAAAUGGAAAUGCAAUGACUAAGCAAAAACAAUAAUGUAUGUAAUUUUUCGUGUUCCACUGUUAACUUAUUUGGGUUUUUCUGUGUACAGAAGAAGUUAAUUAUCAUGUAAUAUAAGCUUAAAGAGUGAUGAACAUCAUACAUAUGUUUGUUGAAUAUCGAAAAGGUAGUGGCUGAAUCAAAUUCUAUAAAGAACAUGUUCUGAAACAUUA